GUUAGGUUAGGUUACCUUAUGAGACAUAAAAUAACUCACACUGUUGAGAAGUCUUUUGUAUGUAAUCGUGGUGCAAAGCCCUACACGUGUAAUCAGUGUAGGAAAAGUUUUUCUUGCUCUACUUCCCUUCGAAGACACACAAGAAUCCACACUGGAGAGAAACCCUAUGUAUGUAAACAAUGCGGGAAAGCCUUCAUUACUGCUAGUAACCUUCAAGUACAUGAACGAACUCACACUGGGGAAAAACCUUAUGUAUGUAAGGAUUGUGGGAAUGCCUUUAGCUUUACUUGUUCUGGUUCUCUAAAAACACAUGAAAGAACUCACACUGGGGAGAGGCCCUAUGUGUGUGAGCACUGUGGGAAAACCUUUGGUUAUUCCAGUACCCUUAAAACACAUGAAAGAAUCCACACUGGAGAGAGGCCCUAUGCAUGCAAGCAGUGUGGGAAAACCUUUCGUUAUGGUUUUUAUGUUCAAAGACAUGAACGAAUCCACAAAAGAGAGAGGCCCUAUGCAUGUAAGCAGUGUGGGAAAGGCUUUCGUUAUGCUUUUUAUGUUCAAAUCCAUGAACGAAUCCACAGCAGCAAGAGACCCUAUGAAUGUAAGAAGUGUGGGAAAGGAUAUAUAGCUUCUAAUCAACUGAAAAUACAUGAAAGAACUCACACUGGAGAGAGACCUUAUGUAUGUAAGCAGUGUGGGAAAGGCUUCUUGACAUCAUACCGUUUGGGAAGACAUGCACUGACUCAUAGUAGAACAAAUAAAGAUGUUUGUAGGUAGCAAGAGAAAGUCUUCUUUUGGUUAGUUCUUACAGAAAUCAAA